AUGUUCUGCCAGGGCAACGGGUUGACAGAAGACGACACGCACCUCGUUCUGGGCGGCUGGCGCGGCCUCUACGAGCGAAUCUUCGGCGCGAAUCUCGUCGGCUGCCCACACUUCGAGGGAAUCGACCAUAUAGAUACGGAUCGAAUUAAAUCCGCGCUAGACGACGACCCGUACCCGCCCUUCGAACCCACGCAUCGAAUCUAUAAGGAGCGGCUGUUCACGUUGGGGGAGACGGAGGAGGAACCAGCGGCAAGGUCGUAUUGGGCGCUAGAAGGGGGAGGAUUAGUGUUCCAUCGAGGGGGGUCGCAUAGAUUGGUCCGGCAGGUGGUGUUUGGGAAGAGGGAUACUUUGCCGUGGUUACCCGGGACGAGGGGUCUAGAGGUGGAGAAGCACAGGGUGAAUUACCCCGGAGGAGGGGUGAGGAUUGGUGGGGUUGAUUGUACUGAGGGAAGCAGCAGCAUGGUGCUGUGUUCCUAUGGCGAGAGUUACAGCACCCUCCAGCAGUCUAUUGGGGUGAAGAGUUUUGGCUGCCCGUUUUUGGAUAGCUGCCCGCUGAUUGAGGUCUCAGCAUGGUGCUCUGCUCUGGAGACAGGUGAGGGGAGAGAAACCACGGGCAAUCAACACAUGGCAGGGGGUGAUACGAGUAAUAACGGGGAUGCUCUUAAGGGGGACAAUGUGGUGUUACAGCGUGCUGGGGGUAGUGAUGGGCGUGUUCUGGCAGCAGCAGGUCAGGUGGAAAUUCAGGUGGCACUUCAGGUGGGACACAUUCAGGUGAUGGCAGCAGAGAGGCAGCGGGAGGGGUGGGUGCAAACACAUCAGCAGCAAGAACAGCAGCACCAGGGGGAGCAGGAAUUGGAGGAGGAGGAGCAAGAGGAGGAAGAGGAGGAGGAAGAGGAGGAGGAAGAGGAGGAAGAGGAGGAAGAGGAAGAGGAGGAGGAAGAGGGGAAGGAGUAG